UGGCAUUUGGCUGGAUUGUCAGGAAAGAGGCUCUGGCGAUUUGAAGCUGAGAGACCCGAGAGCUGCGAAGAGGAGAGGCUCGCCGACUUCAGCUGCUGUGAAUAUUUCUCUACAGCCAGACUGUCCUGCUUAUUUGGAAAAGUUCUUCCAGUCUUGAGGAUGACCAGAAAAAUCUUCACCAACAGCAGGGAGAGGUGGAGGCAACAAAACGUCAACAGUGCCUUUGCCAAGCUGAGAAAGCUGAUUCCCACCCAUCCUCCUGACAAAAAGUUGAGCAAGAAUGAGACUCUUCGCUUAGCCAUGAGGUACAUCAACUUCCUCGUCAAGGUCCUUGGGGAGCAAGGGCUGCCGCAAACAGGUGUGAAUCCACGAGAAAGGAUACUGGGCCUGUUCCAGCAGAAUCCACAUUUGGAACACAUGGAAGAACUGACUCUCCUUGAAGACUCUGAGGUCCCUUCUCCCAACACAAGCAGCAACAUCCCAGAAUGCUGGUCAGAAACAUCAUCUCCAUAAUCAGUCAGUCAGGGUAAUCAUCCUGAUUGCAAUUUGAUAGUUCCCCUUGAUACCGGUUGUGGUAGUUGUUUGUUUCUAUACAGUGUUAAUCUAUUUAUUUAAUUAUUUAUUUAUUUGGUCCAUCUUGGUCUUUUAAAACUCAAAUGUAUUUUAUGUAAGUGUUUCUGAGGAAGAACAUGGCUUUCAAUAAUUAAAAAGAAUUCCAAUAGUCUAAUUGGCUAUAAAGGGCUUUGAUUCUGACUGCAAGGGACUUUGACUGGGUCUACUGAAAGUCGCCAAUGGAUCACUUGCCCUUUAUUGUGACAUACAAAUGAAAAUUGUUAGGGUCAGUAGCUUGUGGCUGAGUGACACUGUAAGUUUUAAAACAGCUGGCUAGGAACUCUGGGAAUUUCAGUUCCUGAUGAUUUGGCUGCUGGAUUGACAGGUUAAUUGAAAAUCUAAGUCAAACAAAUUCUGCAGUUGUGCAUCUUCUCCUGUGGUAGAACAAAUCCCUUCCCACUUCCUGUAACAUACCACAGAGAACAACUGAUUAUUUCUUCUCCACUUCCUUUCUUAAGGGAAGAAACCACAUCGAUUGAGCAGCCACAUCUACAAUUACAACUGUGAACAUCUCAUUGUAUCCAUUUCAAGAGAUGUGAUGACAGUGCCUACUAUAAAUUGGCUAUUUUACAAUACUAUAAAUUGGGUAUUGUAAAAGAAAAUAUCUGGAGCUCUGGAGCCAAGGCUACUCAUUAAAAAAACUUUUUUUCAUUUAAGAUACAUUAAUGUCAAAGUUAGUUGAGCACUGCUAGGUCUUCUCCUUUACCUGAAAUGUCCAGUUCAGUGCAAUCUUUAUGCUAGGAUGUGUGCAUUUCAUUUACUAUUUUUCAUCCAGUAUAUGUCAAAACCUGAGGGAGAUAAAAAUUUAACCAAAACAAAAUGCAUAAGGAAUACAUCUGAGCAGAUGGGAAUGGAUCAUGCCCACUAUGCUUGCUCAAAUAUAAUCAACAGUGGAUUUUAGUUAUUUCUGAAUUAUUCAAAGAUGCCUACCUUAAAAAAUAUGGAUUUAAGAAUUAUUUCAACUGGGUUUAUAAUGUGAGGAAAAAAACUCUUAAAUUUGGCUGGGAUUACAUUUUCCAGAACAUUUGCAGAUAAAAAAAAUAACUAAAUAAUUUCAAAAGCACAGCUUAAUAGAAAAACAACUGUCUCAUUUGUUGUUAAUGGCAUUUUAUAAAUCAGAGGUGCUAUUUAAUUGUCUUUAAAAUAAAUACAGGAUCACAUGAAUCAUUUAUGGAUUUCUUUCUAUGAGGGAUUUCACUGCACCUAAUCUUCUGCAUAAACUGCCUCAAACUGGGUGUCAUUCAUUCACUUAAUUAUCAACAUUGGAUACAGCCACUUCCAAGUUUCUAUUUUUUUAAAAGACUUCAUUGUUAAGAGUUAAAAGUCUUCUUGAGUUAAAGACUGCUAUUUGAACUCUAAAAUUAGCUACCGAUAUUAUAUAUUUACAGUUAAAUGACAAAGCAAAACCCUUAAAUGGGGAGGGGGAAUGAAACUCUGUGGCAUGUGUGUUUCUAGCUAGGUGGGUUUUUAUUUUAUCAUUUUCCAUUUCUUUCACUGAAACUCUGAUAUCAUUGCCCCUGUCAAGGGCCCCAGUCUUCUAUAUGUACGUCAUGAAAACUACAGAGUUCAGAAGCAGAGGUGAAGCUAAGGCUUCUAGAGGGCAGCAGGUCGGGCAAAAUUACUUAUAAAGGACUUUGCCCCCUACAAAGUGAUCUAAAGCCAAAUGAUAAUAAAUAUUCUACUCCUUGGAAUAUUUUUUUCAUCUUUCAUGUCCAGAUUUUAUUUAUUCAUAGGCCCAUUUGCUUUAUGAAGGAUGAGGAUACAAAUGCAUUUUCCCAAUAAAGGCAUGCAGUUUAAAUUGUACGUUGUAUUAAUGGGUAGUAUGCCAAUAAAUGAAUUAAUGAAUUAAACUUCAGCUAAUUAAAAAAAAUAACUCCUAAUACAUUUUAGAACGUAUGUUCUCAGUUAUAACCUUCUUCAAUCCCCCUGCAAUUGUUUUAUUUAAAAAAAUAGGCUUUGGGGGAUGGGAAAUAAGAGGUAUGAUAAACUUAAGCCUAGAACUAAAUUAAUAGAGGUAAUAACAUCUUUUUUAUACUAAUUAAGAUUGUUCUACCUCACUAUUGUUAUGCAUUCCAGCUGAGCCAAAUGAGAGUGUUUAAUUUAGUUUAUUAAAAUACUGUACAGUCAUAGACCAAAUACAGAAACACAUUACAAAUACAGUACUCUGCAUCAGUGGUGCAAUUCAAAUUUUUUUACUACCUGUUUUGGGGGUGUGGCUUGGUGGG